AUGGAAUGUGAUUCACAUACUCUUCACACUCUUCACAAGGAGGAGGCAGAGCCUGAGCUGAUUGGUCAGCAUCAGCAGGUCCAGGAACCAGGAAGUGGACAGGUGCAGGAAGAGCGUCUGAUGAGGUCACAGAGUCUGACAGGAAGCAGAAAGAUGAAGACGCUGCUGCUGGUCACUGUGAUCGUCUCCAUCGCUGACGGCGUGGUGGGGGGCCUCCAUCCUGGACCCUCCAUGCCCGGAUCUCCCUCCAACAUCAGCAGCAGCGACCGCAGCCUCCGGAGGGUCGCCUUGGCCGCCGCCCACUCCUUCAACGACCAAUCAAACGACGCCUUCCUCUUCAAACCAUCAGCCAUCCUCGGCGCCCAGCGACAGGUGGUUAAAGGUUUUCGGUAUUUCUUAGAUCUGAAUAUUUCCAGAACCGUUUGUCACAAACGAGACGAGAAGAAGCUGCAGAACUGUGACUUCCAGCCUGAAGGACCCCUGCAGCAGACGUUCCGUUGUCACACUGACGUCUGGUUGGUUCCCUGGAAGAACCAGACGGAGACACUGCUGCUGCUGUGUAAAGCCUGAACAUCUGGAGACAUCUGGACAUCUCUGAUCUUCAGAACAAACUAAUUUAGUUUCUUCUGGGUUCUGUCUCUGAUCUACGAUGGCACUUCUGAACUUCUGUCCUGAAAAUAUUAAAACUGUUGAAAAUGUGAAUCAAA